AUGAUUUAAUAGUUAAGUCUUCUCAUAGAGGUCGCCAAAUUUGCUUUGUUUCAAUGGACUCCAUUUCCCCAGACUUGUACCAAAACGUCGUCGUUCUGCGUCAUGCCGAUCGUCUCGAUUUCUCCGACCAGUCAUGGGCGGCCACGGCAGCCCGUCCAUGGGACCCGCCCCUCAUGGAAGAGGGGCUUGUCCGGGCCUUCAAUAUGGGUCGGGUCAUUAUGAACGAUCUCGGAUCCUCCAUCCACCGGAUUUUCGUCUCUCCCUUCCUUCGUUGCCUUCAGACGGCCGCCCAAGCUGUCGCCGCCGUCGACGAUGUUUCUACUGAAACUGCCACCCCUGAUUCCGCCGCCCCCUUCCAACUCAAGGUGUCUAUAGAAUAUGGGUUAUGUGAGAAGCUAAACCACAAAGCAAUCCCACCUGAAGUGGCUCCAAUGGAUUGGAACUGGGGUUUCAAUAUCACAGACCUUCAAACAAUAUUGCCUACCGCUUCUACAGACCAUUCUGUGGAACCUAUUUAUGAACAGAUGCCACAAUUUGGAGAGGCUCCUACGACGAUAUGAUCGAGAUUUCAACAAGUUUUCAAGACUGGCUGAUAAAUACCAUUCCCAGAACAUCAUGCUCAUCACUCAUGGUGAGCCAUGGAUCAAUAUAGGUAUAGCAAUAAUUGUGUUAUUUUCUUUUUCUCUGUUGUUUAAAGUAUGGCUGCUUGUUUUUAGGCAUAGGAGUUGGAGUUGUUUCUACAGUUCUGAAGGACACAAGGGUUGUUCAUUUGAUUAUUGUGGAUAUGCUAUCCUGAGGAGACCCAUUUUUCUCACCGGUGAUUCAUUUGUUGCUGGAAACUUUGAAUUGCGUUCACUUAAUGACACUGCUGGUAUCAAAUUUUCCAAAUGAGUUUAAAGCUAGCUGACUCAGUGGAUGGUCUCCUCAAUCUUCACUAUUCUUAGAGCAGCUUGUGGUUGUAACUAGUGAAAUACAACCUGGUCGAUCUUGGGUUCGAUUCUUUACUAGCUCGAGUCGCACAAGAGCUUUAUUUCUGUACUUGCAGCAAAGGUCACAGCUAGAAGUUUGUUUGUCAGUGAUGAAAAACUCUAUACCAGAAUUCGGAGCUUUAGUGUAUUGAGGAUCUUUUGGGAAGUUUAUUAUAUCAAGUGAUCUUAUCUUUAGCUA